AUGUUCAAAGGCCUCGUGCCAGGCCUCUCCAGGCGUGUGCAGCCCACCCCGAAAAGGUCCAAAUCCGUCCUCUGCUCAACUAACACGACUUACGCCAACAAGCAGACUAACGCCACAAUCAAGAUCAAUAUGGCAGACAACGUCUUCAUACUCAAAGAGUACAACAAUGUCCCGGUCACGGCACAGGGCCUGAAGAGGGACCAGCUGACCCAAUGGCCUCCCUUCAAGAACUGGAUCUCGACUCUUUCCCACUCUAUCUCGCUCCAAGCGCAACCUUCGCACCCCUUCCACAAAAGCCCCUACCGGCUCAAGGACAUCACCAUCGAGUCCUACACCCUAUUCGGGGCCAACAACAUCGGAUUCCUCAAGCUCAGCGCAAAUGUCUCCACCGCCGACGGCAAGAGCCGCCUCCCCGGCACUAUCUUCCUGCGCGGGCCCGCAGUCGCAAUGCUCGUGGUGCUCAUCCCGGACGAUGUCCAGCCCGCCGACGCCGACGCGCUGGACGAGGCCUACGUGCUGCUGACCGUCCAGCCGCGCCUCCCCACCGGCAGCCUAGGCUUCGUGGAGCUGCCCGCCGGCAUGAUCGACGGCGACAGCAACUUCGCCGGCGUCGCGGCCAAGGAGAUCGAGGAGGAGCUCGGCAUGGUCAUCAAGCAGACCGAGCUGACCUGCCUGACCGACAAGGUCGGCGAGAUCAGGCGCGCGCGCAAGGCCACGAAGGGGCCCGUCAGCAAAAACACGCGCAAAUCGGCCGGGGCCGAGAACAUACCGUUUGCCAUGUACCCGUCCGCCGGUGGCUGCGACGAGUACAUCAAGAUCUUCUCACACGAGAGGCGCGUGCCGAGGAGCACGCUGCACGAGUGGGAGGGCAAGUACGGGGGUCUGCGAGACCAGGGAGAAAUGAUCACCCUCAAGGUCGUGCCCCUGGCCGACCUCUGGCUGGAGGGCGCCAUGGACUCCAAGGCUUUGGCCGCAGUGGCACUCUACGGCAAGGUCAAGCAGUGGGAGAGGCAGCAGGCAAAGUGA